AUGGAUCAAACUUCAUUUUACCAAAUUCACAAUGAUCUUAACGAAAUGUAUGUGGUGUUAAUUAAACGUUCAAUAGAAUUUCAACAGUUUGCUCGUAGUACUGUUGAAAAAUUACCAAAAAUUUAUCAAGAAAUUGAAAAUGAUGUUAAAUUUAAAAUAAACGAUACAAUUGCUGCUGUACAAGAUCAGACAGCAAUACCUGGAAAUUUGAAUUUUCAUCGCUUUUUUAUGACAUUUUCAUGGGGUACAAUUAUGCUUAUCGGUUAUUAUUUCAUGUAUUUUCAAGGAUCAACAAUUUUGCCAUUAUUGCUAGAUUUCAUUUUUGAUACAUUAUCAGCUAUAUUACUUGCUUAUAUUAUUAUACCAGCUGUGCUUUAUUUUAACUUAUCAAAAUAUGAUGAAUAUAGCCGAAAGUCACGAUUCAUCCUACUUGUUGCUUCAUUAUUUCAAGGUUUAUUAGUUGGCUUCCUGUUAAGCAAUUGUUCAACAGUACUUGUUUUACCUGUUGAGAUUAUUAAUAUGCUUUUUGUCUCAGUAAUUUCGCGGAUUUUGGGUCACAAACUUAAUAAUGAUCGACAAACAUACUUUGGAAUUGUUAACGGUACUGGAUUCAUUUUCCUCGUCAUCAUCGGAUAUAUUACACGACAGUUAACUAAAGCUUAUUUAUUUUCAACUGCUUCAGCUGUUCUUACGUCACAUCUUAUCAUUCAAAUUUACAUGCGUCGAGUUAUGCAGGUAAAAUGA